AUGACCUGCAGUUCUUCAGCUCUGGAAAAUCGAUGAGGUCUGCUCUUGAUUUCAGGUUUGAUACUCUCUGGUUUUUGAAUUUUCUCUGAUUGAAUUCCCAUUAUCUCUCGAAGGAGUGUCGGAUUGAAUCCGACUAAGCUUUGUAUAUUUUCUAACUCCCCCCUCCGUGAGUGAACAGAAAUAUUUUGUUUGUUCACGAGGGGGGUUAAAUUUGAGAAGCAAAAAUUAAUUUAAUUUGUGAAAUUUAUAUUUUAAAAUGCAAGCGAUUUAAAAUUAAACAGAUUUAGCUAGAGAUUUCACUAUAGUAAUUAUCAUUUAUAUAGCAAUUUUUUCAUAAAAAAUUGCUGUUCGCUCAUGGAGGGUGGGUUUUUGGGCAAAAAAUAGCUAUUUUUCCAAUGUCUUAUUCGCUCACAGAAGGGGGAGUAAGAGAGUCUGCUUUCAUAUUCAUGCUACAUUUAAUUGAAUUUGCAAUUUUUAUUACUCAUUAAAAUUUGAUUAA